AUGGCUGAUGAUCUGAGAAGAAAGGUAGUAUUGGACAAACUAGAGAAGGCCAAUGAAACAUUAGGAAAUAUUCAGCGAUCGAUGAAUAUCAAUGAUAUUGAGCAUCAGGAUAACAUUGGCGAAUUGCCAGAUUUCACUUCAAGUAAAUCACGAACAGCGCCAAGUAUACCUGAAGAUAGCAAGAGGCUACCCACAUGGGAUGCUUUCUUCCAGCAUAACGAGCAAAUUUCCUUAACGGAUAGAAAUUUUAACUUUAAUACAUACUAUAGUUUGCCUACCUCAUACGACUCACCAUCAAUCCCUGUAUUUGUAAUGCACCAUGGGGCCGGCUCAUCAGGUUUAAGUUUUGCACAAUUAGGAUCAGAACUGUUUAAAAUUAUGAAGGGCAAAUGUGCAUGUAUAUCGUUUGAUGCAAGAGGACACGGUCAAACUAAACCAAUUGACAGUUCUAUUGAACUUGAUUUUGGCAUAGAUGCGUUUAUUGAUGAUUUCACGAGUCUUUUGAACUAUUUUUUUCUUACAAAACUUGAUUCAAGUUUGAAUAAGCAAAAACUGUCCAUUAUACUGGUAGGUCAUUCUUUAGGCGGUAGCAUUUCAUCCUUUGCAUACAACAGAUUCCCAGAACAAGUGAGAAAACACCUCUUAGGAGUGGCAAUGUUUGAUAUAGUUGAAGAAAUUGCUGUGAAAGCACUACAAAAUGUUCAACAUUUCUUGUAUAGUACACCAAAUCAAUUUACUACAUAUUCAGAUGCAAUCGAAUGGCAUAUUAAACAAGGUCUAUCAAGGCAGCAUGCAAGUGCGGAUAUUUCAAUCCCAGCUCUAUUUAAAAGAUCUUCUUCCGGGAAAGUUAUUAGAAUUACAAAUCUACAAAUGUUCAAAGGCUUUUGGGGCGACUGGUUCACCGGUUUAUCCAAACAAUUCGUCUCUCUGCCUACUUGUAAACUGUUGAUAUUAGCCGGGAAUGAUAACCUGGAUAAGGACCUUAUUAUAGGGCAAAUGCAAGGGAAGUACCAGCUGGUCGUAUUUCAAGAUUCUGGACACUUUAUACAAGAAGACUGUUAUCUGAAGACUGCAAUCACUCUGAUAGAUUUCUGGAAAAGAAACGACAACAAAAAUGUUGUUAUCAAGACAAACUGGGGUUCAAAAGCAUAA